UGAAGGUGGACAUGGAGAGAGAGUGAGCGGGGCAUCGUGUGGCUUCCACGAGACUCACGGUUUCCUCCGGUCCUGUACAGGUGGUGGGCGGAGCUGGAAAAUGGCGGGUGCAUCAGUGAAGGUGGCGGUGCGAGUCCGCCCGUUCAACUCCCGAGAGAUAGGACGCAACGCAAAGUGUGUGAUCCAGAUGCAGGGAAACACCACCUGCAUCUCCAACCCCAAACAGCCCAAAGAUGGAGCCAAGAACUUCACCUUUGACUACUCUUACUGGUCACACACAACGCCCGAUGACCCCGGCUUCACCUCUCAGACACAGGUGUAUAAGGACAUCGGCGAGGAGAUGCUGCUGCACGCCUUCGAAGGUAAGUCUGAACGCCCUCUCAGAUGUCAAAGAAGAAUCCUGGGGCCCUACGUGGAGGAUCUGUCCAAACUGGCUGUGACUGGAUUCUCGGACAUCCGGGACUUGAUGGACGCCGGCAACAAAGCUCGGACGGUCGCAGCUACAAACAUGAAUGAGACGUCAUCCAGGUCCCACGCCGUCUUCACCAUCGUCUUCACCCAAAAACGACGAGAUCAGAUGACCAGCCUGGACACUGAGAAAGUCAGUAAGAUCAGUCUGGUCGACCUGGCUGGAAGUGAACGAGCAGACUCCUCUGGGGCAAAGGGCACGCGGCUCAAGGAAGGAGCAAACAUCAACAAAUCUCUGACCACAUUAGGAAAAGUGAUUUCAGCUUUGGCUGAAAUGCAGAGCAGUAAAAAGAGGAAAAGUGAUUUUAUUCCCUACAGAGACUCUGUUCUCACCUGGCUACUGAAGGAAAACCUGGGGCUAAUAGUCAACAACAACAACAACAUCAACAACGGCCCCGGUGGUGUCGCAGGUGCGCCCCCCUCCCCUCUUCAGCUGGCUCUCACAUCCAAUGGGAUCACGCCUGAGAAUGGCCCCGCCCCUUCAGGCGCUGAGCCGGUAUCUGAAGGGGACACACCCGCUGACCCUGAUCAGCUGAUCGAGGAUGGAGAGGAGAGGGAGGAGGGAGAGUCCACAGAGAACAUCAGCAAAGAGGAAGCAGCUGAGAGACUGAUGGAAACAGAGAAAAUCAUCGCUGAGCUGAACGAGACCUGGGAGGAGAAACUGAGAAAAACAGAAUCUAUUCGUCUGGAGAGUGCCAGCGCUACCACGCCUCACCUGGUCAACCUGAAUGAAGACCCUCUGAUGUCUGAGUGCCUCCUCUAUUACAUCAAGGAGGGCGUGACCAGGGUCGGGCAGCAGGACGUGGACAUUAAGCUGUCGGGUCAGUUCAUAAAGGAGAUUCACUGCGUUUUCGUCAGUGAGACCAACGAGCAGGGAGAAGUGGUGGUCACUCUGGAGCCGUUAGUCGGAGCAGAGACCUACGUUAAUGGGAAGCAGAUCACAGACGCCGUCAUAUUAAAACAAGGUAACCGCAUCGUCAUGGGGAAGAACCACGUGUUUCGAUUCAACCACCCUGAACAGGCGAGGCUGGAGAGGGAGCGCAGCGCCACGAUGGAGCAGCAGGAGGAGCCGGAGGACUGGAACUACGCCCAGAAAGAGCUGCUGGAGAAACAAGGCAUCGACAUCAAGCUGGAGAUGGAGAAGAGACUGCAGGACGUGGAGACUCAGUACCGUAAAGAGAAGGAGGAGGCCGACUUGCUGCUGGAGCAACACAGACUGUACGCAGACAGCGACAGCGGGGACGACUCGGACAAACGGUCCUGUGAGGAAAGCUGGAGGCUCAUCUCCUCCCUGAGAGAGAAGCUGCCGGCCAAUAAGGUGCAGUCCAUAGUAAAGCGCUGCGGUCUGCCCAGCAGCGGUAAGAGGAGGGAGCCUCUGCGAGUCUAUCAGAUCCCUCAGAGGAGGAGGAUCAGCAAAGACCCCAAACGGGUCACCAUGGAGGACCUCCGCAUGCAGGCCGUCAAAGAGAUCUGCUACGAGGUGGCUCUGGGAGACUUCCGUCACUCCCGUCAGGAGAUCGAGGCGCUCUCCAUCGUCAAGAUGAAGGAGCUGUGCCGCAUGUACGCCAAGAAGGACACCAACGAGAGGGAGAGCUGGAGGGCCGUGGCCCAGGACGUCUGCGACACUGUGGGCAUCGGAGAGGAGAGGAGCCCUGCCGCUGAAGAGGGAGGAGGAGGAGGAGGAGGUGGUGGUGGAGGAGGAGGAAGUGGUGGUAGUGGAGGAGGAGAGACAGUGGAAGGUGGAGAGAAGAGAGGCGUGUACGACUUGAAGGCUCACAUCGAUAAGCUGACAGAUAUUUUGGAGGAGGUGAAGCUGCAGAACAACAUGAAGGACGAGGAGAUCAAAGCUCUGAGAGACAGAAUGAUCAAGAUGGAGAGCAUCAUACCUGUUCAGGACGACGACAUGAACGGCGAGGGAGGAGAAUCCCCUCAGAGAGAGAGAGACGGGGACGUGGACGAAGACGACGACUGCCCCAACCAUCCGGAGGUCAGAGUUCAGCGGCUGAUGGAUGAGGACCCGGCAUUCAGGAGAGGACGGCUCCGCUGGAUGAAGAAGGAGCAGCAGCGGCUCCUGAACCUGCAGCAGCAGAACAUCACCAAGAAGCUGCGAGGACAGAACCAAAGCCAAGGUCAGAACACCCUCACUGUCCCGAUCCACCUCCCGGGAACCGGCCGCUUCAUCCCUCCCCAGGAGUGCAAGCUCAAGUUCCCCUUUAAGAGUAACCCUGCCCACCGGCUGUCCUGGGGACCCGCUAGCGCCGCCCUGCAAGCUCUGGGUCUGGGCGAGGGAGGAGGAGGAGGCACUGAUGCUGGUGAGCAGAAGGAGAACAGGGGAGGAGAAGCUACAGGUUCUCCCUCACCUCCGCCUCCCCCACAAGGUCAACUCCCUGGUCUCUUGCCCCUCCCCUUCCCAGCUCAGCCUCCUCGCAUGCGCACCCCCAGCCCUCAUCGUGCCUGGCAGCAGCGUAACCAGGGCAACCAGGGUGGCUACCACUACAACAACCAGGGCAACAACCAAAACCAGCAACGUCGUUACCGCCGAAACUCCCUGGACAGCUCGCCACAGGGCAACGGGAGCUACGACAAUGACCAGCACUUCAGCGGCGGUGGCAACGGUGGUCACCAGGGGCGACCAAGACAGAGGAGGGGGUUUUCCCCUGGGCCAGGGGGGGAGAGAGGAGGAGGAGGCAGAGGAGGAGGAGGAAGCAGAGACGGGGACAGAGACCGAGACGGAGGCUUCCCUUAUAAUCAACGCCAGCACCAUCAGUACCACCACCACCAUCCCUACUACAACCCCCACAAUGCACCAUUCCAGCCUGGACCUCACCCUCACCCCCAUUACCACAGCCUGCCGCGGUCAGGGGCCCCGGCCCUUCCUGCUGACAUGCUACUGGGCAUUGUGCCGCCGCCAGGCGUGUGGGCUUUCAACACUCCGCCCAGGAUGAGGCGGCAGUUCAGCGCACCGGACCUCAAAAACAACAACAACAAUAACAACAAGGAGACACCGAUCUGACCUCUGACCUCCCGAACACGGAGGCUCCUGAUUGACUGCGGGACAUGGGGUGAUCCUGAUGCUGUAGAGAAUCGGCUGAGAGUGUGGUUGUGUGUGCACGUGUGUGCAUUUGAGCACUUUUACACACCCUGUAUCCUCUGUCCUGCUGUGCGUGUGUUUGUGCGUGUGUUUGUGAAGCUUUUAGCUUAGCACAGGUGAGCUGUUAGCGACGCUGACGUGCAAACAUUUAAUUUCAAUUUGUUUUGUUCUGUUUUAUGGAGUUUGUCGUUCUGUCAGACUUUGAUCACGUAAUGAUUUAGCUUUUUUUUUCUUUUUUAAAUUUCACCGAUGGCUGAUGUUCGGGCGUUGAUCACUGUGUUAACGAGGUGCCUUAAAUCCGACGUGUCUGCUGGUGAAGCUAGUUUUGUUUUUAAAGAUAAAGGACGUCAGUUAGCAGGGUGGUGUUUCUGUGUUUGAUGAGGGGUUUUUUUAGCUUUUAGUGCUAGCAGGUGAAGAAUAGGUGAAAUUGUGAGCUUAGCCUAGCCUACGCUGCAUUCAAGUUCCAUGGGAAUUACAGAUUGUACAGCUUGUUAAACUCACUUCAACCCUCAAACUGAUAAUUAGGAAUUUAAUCAGAAACAGUAAACUUGUAUUUACAUCUUCUCCCAUGUGAUUUGAAUGCAGCAUCGCUGAGUGCUACAAACCAAAGAAAGCGGCUGUGCGGCACUUGCUAGUCAGGGUAAAAGCGUCAGUGCAGGAAUAAUAAGUGCCAAUGGGGCAUUUGCAAAAACAGCAAAACAAAAAUGGAGAAGUUGAGGGCGAGAGCGGCGAUUGUAAAUGGGCCCCUGAGGAAGAAGAGGUGCAGAGAGGAAGUGUAGCAGGCGCUGCGCUUGUCUUACCUGUCAGAUGUUUGUUUUUAAGAGCUGUGUGUGUAUAUUUGAAGUGUUAAAUCUGAUUUUUAAACACGUGAAAUGUCCUGACGGUAGGUUCACCGUCUCUGGCAAUCGUGGGAAAUGCAAGUGAUGCGUAACACAUGAUGAUGUCCCAAGGUGGGAGUUGAUGUUGGAGCUCAGAGACAUAAUCAUGAAGGGAUGGAUUUGUUUAUGUAGGGCUAGAUAAGCAAGGAAUUCUGGGAGAUGUAUUGAGAAGGAGAAGGUUUUGAGGGAGAGAAGAAGCUGAUAUACAGUAAGCGUUUUGUUUUUGAAGAAGUAACAGACACUACAGCAUGUCAGGUGUGAUACAAGAUUCCUGCUGUAAGGAUGUGACACUUUUUACAUUGUAUCCAAUUCAAGAAGGAUGGGAAAAUUCACUGCUGCCUUCCUGGCACGUAGGGAUCCUGGAAAUUGUGGCCUCCACCUGUUUCAGGUUGCUUUUAAUUUCUUCUCUUUUUCAAACAUGACAUUUACACACACAUAUAUUUGCUGGUGUUGUGUUCACUUCGCAUCUUUAAGAUAGGAAACAAAUUUCCAGCUUCCUGCGUCACAGCGAACGCAGCGUUUUACGUGCGUUUUAUUCGCACUGAAUCAAUGAAGACAAGUUUACUGCCAAGAGGGGCUGGGAGAGUUGGCGAUACUGCGCACACUCCACCCACUCAAAGCAGAGGAUUCUGGGAGUUAACAAGUGGAGCAACGAUGAGCUCUGUGGCUUUUAAGGCUUUUUUCAUAAAAAGAUUAGAACCAACCAAUGGCAGCGCUCCUUCCUGCUGCAAGAGGGAGUCAGUGCCAUGACGAUGACGAUAAUUAUGAUGAAAAUGAAAUGAUUGCAGUUGGCCUGAGAAGCAUGAUGGCAGCAGAAUCUCUGGAAUUGACCAAUCACAGGACAAUCUCUAAACCUGCUUCCACUGCCGGGCCUGAUGGGAAAAUUAGUUUUUUGUUUUUUAAUUAUUAUUUUUAUUAUUAUUUUUUUAGAUUUUUUUCCAGCUUGGGCCUCCGAUUGGCUGUUUGUUUUUCAUUUGUGUAUCACAUCAUGUACUGCGUAUUUUAACCAACCUCCAUGUUUGACCUUUGGUUUAUGAUGUCAUCAGUCAUCAUCACUUAUUAAUAUAAUUAUCCUAAAGUUAUACGUGUCAUUAAUAUUUGGUUCUUGUGGAUGCUGCUAAAGGGAGUUUCUUUGCCCUCACGCAAACCGUUGAGUUAGUGUAUGUGUUUGUGU